UGUUUUGGGAUAGAUGGGCUGGUGGUAGCCAGCAGGUAUGGCCCGGCUGGCCGAGUGAGGCCAGUGUGAGCAGCUGAGGAGGGAACCUGAGCGACGCUCGCCCGCAGAGAAGAUGGACAUUCUGAAAUCAGAGAUUCUUCGGAAGCGGCAGCUGGUGGAGGACAGGAACCUGUUGGUGGAAAAUAAAAAGUAUUUCAAGCGAAGUGAACUUGCAAAAAAAGAAGAGGAAGCAUAUUUUGAAAGAUGUGGCUACAAGCCUUUAAAUGAGAAGCCAUCUGGAGAGAUACAGCCCAAGGAGGAGGACCAGAAGCCACUAACCUCAUCGAAUCCGGUGUUAGAACUUGAACUGGCAGAGGAAAAACUACCUAUGACGCUUUCUAGACAAGAGGUUAUCAGAAGAUUGAGAGAAAGAGGAGAACCAAUUAGACUGUUUGGAGAGACUGAUUAUGAUGCUUUCCAGCGCUUAAGAAAAAUAGAGAUUCUCACACCGGAAGUUAACAAGGGAUUGAGGAAUGAUCUGAAAGCAGCUCUGGAUAAGAUUGACCAGCAGUACCUGAAUGAAAUUGUGGGUGGUCAAGAACCUGGUGAGGAGGACACACAGAAUGACUUGAAAGUCCAUGAAGAAAACACCACCAUUGAAGAGUUAGAGGCUCUGGGCGAGUCUUUAGGGAAAGGCGACGACCAUAAGGACAUGGACAUCAUCACCAAAUUCCUGAAGUUUCUCCUUGGUGUUUGGGCUAAAGAAUUGAAUGCCAGAGAGGAUUAUGUGAAGCGCAGUGUGCAGGGCAAACUGAACAGUGCUACUCAGAAACAGACUGAGUCCUACCUCAGACCGCUUUUCAGAAAGCUCCGGAAAAGGAAUCUUCCUGCCGAUAUUAAAGAAUCAAUAACAGAUAUUAUUAAAUUCAUGUUGCAGAGAGAAUAUGUGAAGGCAAACGACGCCUACCUUCAGAUGGCCAUUGGGAACGCUCCCUGGCCCAUUGGCGUCACGAUGGUCGGCAUCCAUGCCAGAACUGGCAGGGAAAAGAUCUUUUCCAAGCACGUUGCACAUGUCUUAAAUGACGAAACUCAGCGGAAAUAUAUUCAGGCAUUUGGAUUUCCUCCUAGGAAUGAUUUCACUGGGUCCCGGAUUGAAGAGGUUAAUGACUAUUUGCCAGAAACACUUCCCUACUGAUCCAUCCAAGUGUGUGGAGUACAAUGCACUGUGAGAUCUGUGUGCCCUGAACUCAACCAGCCCCUGACAGGAGCAGGAUAUGGCCUCUGGCAUUGGCUGCGGGAAGGAGGAAGAAGACAGCGCUGUUCUACCUGGUGCCUCGCUUGAUGGGCUUUAGGAACUGUGUGGGCUUUCAUAUUGUAUCUGACUGCAAACUGAUCUUUGUGUCUUGCCUUCAUUAUAUACUGUUGAAAUAUUAAGUACUAAAGACGUUUAUCCACAGCUUAAAUGGGUAGACCACAAUAACAGAAGGAGUUUGAGGUGACCAUUUCCCAUUAGACUUGAAAUGUGACUUUAGACAAUUAGAAACAUUUGAGGAUGGACUUAAUUUUUCUUUAAAAUAUAAUUUGCACAUUGUCUUUUAUGUAGUAUUUAUAGCAAAUAUUUUUGAUAUCUCAACAAAAGUAUGGGACCAUUAAUGGUUGGAAACUAUAGUCCUUAAAUUUUUCUGAGCUUUUUUCUCCUUGGAAUAUAAUGAGACUGUAAACACCACUGUCAACUCAGGUGUUUUCCUUGUGCUUCAAACUUGCUUUUGUCUUCAAAGGGGAGCAGAUUUUACCGUUUGUUAUCUCUGAACAGAUAGAAUUAACGGGAGAUAAAAAUCUAAAAAGUAGAUCACAGAUGAGCCUAAAUAAUGGUACCAAACUGCCUGUAUUUACUGAAAAGAAAACUAAUAAAUUAAAUUAAAAAAAAAAGAAAUAAAAAAUAAAAAAA